AGAGAGAGAGAGAGAGAGAGAGAGGGAGGAGGCGAUGCCAACGUAUAGGCUUAAUUAUUAUGCAGGCGGCGAUGCUGGGUAAUAGCAGUCGGUGAUAAAAAAGCGAGAGGGGAGAGGUUUCCUCUCGUUGAAAGCGUUCCAGCCUCGUCUCGCCUCUCUCUUCAGAUCGGGGCUGACAGGUGAGCGGGCGGGCGGUCUGUCUGUCUGUCUGUCGGUCUGUCUGUCUGUCUGUCUGACGGACUCCGGCGGCGGAUGAUCUUGUGCCGGCUGCGUCGCACGGCGGCGGCGAGGCUGGACGGAUAAGCUGACCAUGGAACCGGAGGGCAGCAACCGGCUCCUGCAGGACGUGCUGGCGAGACCGGGCAACGAUGCGUGCGCGGACUGCGGCAAUCCAGAGCCAGACUGGGCGUCGCUGACUCUGGGCGUGUUUGUUUGCCAGGCUUGCUCCCUGCUUCACCGGAGCAUCCCCCACAUCAGCCGGGUCAAGUCUGUCCAGGACACGUGGGACGCCGGCGACGUGGAGCUAAUGGCUGCUACAGGAAACAGUGCGGCUAAGGCCAAGUAUGAGCAGAAGGUUCCUGCGUUCUACUACAGACCAACACACACUGACUGCAAGAUGCUGAGGGAGCAGUGGAUCAGAGCCAAGUACGAGAGGAAUGAGUUUGAGUUCAUCGAGAAGCAGGAGCCGUACUCUGCAGGGUACCGAGAGGGGUUUCUAUGGAAACGAGGACGAGACAACGGUCAGUUUCUCAGCCGAAAGUUCAUCCUGACGGAGAGGGAGGGAGCGCUGAAGUACUUCAACAAGCAGGAUGUGAGGAACACGACCCAGUCGGCGCUUGAGGCGUUGCUCGCGCGUGUCGCUCACCGCUUCUGUCCUCCUCCAUCCAUCCAGGCCAGGGAUCCCAAAGCGGUGAUGAAAAUCGAAACGCUGAACGCCACCUUUCAGCCGGCCAAGAUCGGCAACCCCUGCGGCCUGCAGAUCACCUACCUGAAGGACAACAGCACAAGGAACAUCUUCGUCUACCACGGCGAUGCUAAAGAGAUGGUGGACUGGUUCAACGCCAUCAGAGCAGCCAGGUUCCACUACCUGCAGGUGGCUUUUCCCGGAGCGAGCGACGAGGAGCUGGUGCCCAAACUGACUCGAAACUUCAUGAAGGAAGGCUUCAUGGAGAAAACCGGUCCCAAGCACACGGAGGGCUUCAAGAAGCGGUGGUUCACCAUGGACGACCGGAGGCUCAUGUACUUUAAAGACCCACUGGACGCGUACGCCCGGGGCGAGGUGUUCAUCGGCAGCAAGGAGAACAGCUACACGGUGCUGGCGGGGCUGCCCCCCUCCACCCAGGGCUGCCACUGGAACCACGGCAUCACCAUCGUCACGCCCGACAGGAAGUUCCUGUUCGCCUGCGAGACCGAGGCCGAGCAGCGGGAUUGGAUAGCGGCCUUCCAGAGGGUCAUCAACCGACCGAUGAGGCCGCAGGAAUAUGCAGUGGAGGCCCAUUUCAAACACAAGCCUUGAAGCCUGCGCGACGCUCUCGAACGCAGUCAGACCGGUCCAGCCUGAGUCAGAGACCGGCCCAGUUUGACCCCCAGACGUGAGGGUGGGUGUCAGAGAAGAAGGGGGGGGGGGGUGUUGGGAUGGGCUGAGAUGAGACAGAAAGACUCAGGUCUGUCGUAAAAGACUAUAAUCACGGAUUCAUGAGCCUUCGUGGAGCGUUGACCCAAGGCCUACGGGUUGAUGAUGUCAUCAGUGAUGCGCCUACCGACCUUACGACGUUACCAUGACAACCGCCCCCUCCUCUCUUCAGCCGCGUGGACUCCUCUCCUGCGACCCCCGCCCCCUCUCUUGUGAAUUUCCUUCGUCUCGUGAACGGUUCAUCCCACCUGUAAUCUAGUGUAAUUAUGUAAUCUAGAGUCAUCCCACUGGUUGCUCAGCCAAGACCAUGCAUUGUUAAUUUAUUGAAUGUACAGUUUCAAUGACAGUGGCUUAUUCCCUGUGUGAGGACAUUUUCGCUGAGGACGCUGUGAGGUGGAGCCUCCAGCACUGAAACCCUGUCAAUCCUGAACCGACAAAGUGCUGUUAACAACAAAUAUGCAUAAAACCACACGUACACACCGACUCUCAGUGAUCGCCGUCGCCGUUACCAUAGCUGCAGGUGACUGUUGUGCAUUCAGACAGGGUGCUUUACAAAUCCUCAGUCUGACAGCUGUUCUCUUUAUUUAUUUGUACUGUUGAACGUACUGAGUCAUCGUAGACAGUGAUCGCUGCUUUUAGGGAUUGUAAUGUGACAGGAUUGUAAUUUGUAUAACACUUCCUCGAGUAUUUGAUUUACCUCUUGGUUUUUAACACGUUGUUGUGUUGAUUCUUCGAUCGCAGUGACAGUUUGGUUCAUUAAAAAAAAUGGAAAAAAAAAAUCUUACAUCAAUACAGAUGAACAUGAAAUGAA